CUCCUAAAUCUAAAAUACCAUUUUGCCCUCGGGAGGAGUUUAUCCGCCCCUGAGCAUAGUUUCGCCUCUGCCUCCACGCCCAUCGAAGGUAGCUUUCUUCUUCGGCUUCCUUUCUCUUAUCCAAAUCUAACCAUCAUCUUUACAUAAUAUACCAUUGAUAACCCCCCCAUAGAUAUACCCCUAACUAUCAUCUCUACAAACCGUCCAUUCUGCGGCCCAUAUGCUUUACCAGGAUGACUUCGCUUCAACUUUUCCAUUUCUCUAAUCUUAGUCGCAAAAGGAGCUGCCUUUGGCUUGCGGUACAUCGGCCCACCACUACCCUCUCACUGAAGAGGCGAAAGCUUGGAUUUUUAUCCAGAAACGGAGGUUUCUCAAGUUCGCCGCCGGAGAUAAACGUGUUCCUUGAAAAGGGAUUUGAUAAAGAUGGGAUCCUGAAGAGGAUAGGGCGGAGGGAGAGCCUGCUUGUGGUUAGGACUAAAAGGGGCUUUAAUUCAGAUGAUGAUGGAUGGGAUAAGAGUAACAGCUCAAGGGUAUUGGGAAAUCUUGCCUUGGCGGCUGGACUUACAUAUCUCACAGUGACUGGGCAGCUUGGUUGGCUUGUGGAUGCUCUUGUAUCUAUCUGGCUCUUAGCAUUUCUUCUUCCUAUUGUGGGCUUAGGGGCUUUCUUCUGGUUUGCAGGAAGAGAGAUAAUCCAAAGCAAUUGCCCCAAUUGUGGAAAUAACUUUCAGAUGUUGAAAUCUUCAAUGAAGGAUGGUGUGCAGUUCUGCCCAUAUUGUACCCAACCUUUUUCAGUGCAAGGUAACAAAUUUGAGAGAGAAUCCGCUAGGUUUUCUUCCAAGAGAUCCGCAGGACCUGAAGAAUCAUUCAAUGGAUCCUUUGCUCGCUCCAAACAAGGGACCUCCACUGCAACAAUCGUGGAUAUUGAAGCUGAAGUUGAGGACAUUGAAUAAUUGUCUCACAUGGUCCAUGCUGAAGGUAUACAAGUUUGCUUCUGCAGAAACUAUGCAUUCCGCAACAGGAAACCUCCCAGGGGUUAUAGAGAUGUUGCAUUAAAUGUAUUUUUUUACAACAAUGUUUCGAAUGCAUUCUGUAAAUAGCUUGAUAUUAUGGUUCAAAUGUUAUUGUAUGGGUGCUGUACAAUUGAAAUUUUGCAAAAGAAUUCAACAAUUAUCUUUGGGUCAAA